GAUGGGAGGAGGAGGAGGAGGAGGAGGGGGUCGGUGACAAGCUCUAGGCAGGCAGCGGUGGAGGAGAUUUCAGUACAGGUGUCCUUGGUUUUUUUUUUUUUUAAUUUUUCUCCCCUCACUGACACCUCGGAGACAAGACCCGACCGUAAGUAGCCUAAGACUGCUGAGGAGGAAUCAAAGCUGAUCAAAAUAAUAAAUGUUUGAUCUGCCAUGAAAUCCGAAAAGAGCAGCGGAGGAGAGAUACGCUCGUCUGGAUGAGAGACCCCCGCUGGGUGAAGACACACAGCGUAUGUUAGCUGAGCCGUGAAAAGCUCGCUGCCAUUGACUGGAGGCUGAGGCUGAAAUGGGAGCAAAACGAUGAAAACCCCCAGCGCGGGAGGAGAGUGAGCAUCCUCGAGCUAAAGCAUCGCAUCACCGAUCAUUUCAAGGUAUUAGACAUCAUUUACAGAUUAGCAAAUCCGCGAUGUUUGCCGCUGUCUGGACAGUCUCAGUCGAUGCUUGAACGGUGGCAUUUACUGUCGCAAGACAAAUUCCAUUUUCAUUCUGGCAGAUGUGGGAUGCAUGAAGAGUAAGGCCUGUUAGGUGGGUGAAACGUUCAGGGAUUCAUCGGUGAUCGUGGACUGUCAUGUUAUGAGAUGCACAUGAGAAUACUGUGAGAUGCAUGUUGAAUUCUGCACUGAAUAAGGAGGACCGGCUACAGCAGCUCAUUGUUGUGGCAUCCUGAGAAGCAACAAAACCAGAGCUGGUUUCCUUCUCGGCUGAUGAAGAUGGGACUGACCUGACUUUGUGUCACACAUGCACUCGCUGGUCCUGGACAAACAAUGCCGAGCUCUCAGGCGCCCGGUGUGGGCACAAAUUUCACUGAUGUUCCCUGGGAGCCUGGUUUUACCGGCUCCACCGGUCAAGACCUGGUCUGGUCCUCCACUGCCAACAGCGUGGUGAAGAUGGUGCUCAUAUCUCUCAUCGUCUGUGUGUCCUUGUUUGGGAACGUGGUGGUUCUGCUGGUGUUCCAGAGGAAACCGCAGCUUCUUCAUGUGGCCAACCGCUUCGUCCUCAACCUCCUCUUGGCAGACCUACUCCAGACCAUACUAGUCAUGCCUUUUGCCAUUGCAGCCACCGUGCCAGGUGUGUGGCCCCUGGAUGCCCGACUGUGCCAGGCCCUGGUGGUGCUCAUGCACCUUUUUGCAUUUGCUGGAGUCAACACCAUCAUUGUUGUCUCUGUGGAUCGCUACCUGGCCAUCAUCCACCCUCUGUCCUAUCCCACUCGCAUGACCCCUCACCUGGGCACCAACCUGAUCAUCUGCACCUGGGUGCUCAGUUUCCUGCAGAGCACACCUCCCCUCUACGGCUGGGGGGCCAUUGACUUUGACCACCAUCACAACGUGUGCUCAGUGGUGUGGUCCUCUAGCCUGUCCUACUCUGCUGUGGUGUCUACCUUCUCCUUCUGGCUGCCUGUGCUCAUCAUGCUCGGAUGUUACUGGAUGGUGUUCAGAGCAGCUCGGAGGCAAAACGCACUUGUGCACCCCAUACAGACACAGUCCUACUCUCAGCCCUGCCCACAGGAAUUCCAGGGACCUAGCAGUCCACAACGGCAGCCCCUGCCCCAGCCCCAGCAGGCCACUUCACCUGAUGGCCCCUACUCAGCCAGGGGGUACCCUGUUCGAGUUAGGCACAGACGCUUCCACUACCACUGCAAGGCAGCUCGUGUAGUUUUCGUGAUUAUGGCUUCAUAUAUCCUCAGCAUGGGGCCUUACAGCAUACUGAAUACUAUAUCAAUGAGCGCCAGAGCAGCUGUACCCCCCUGGCUGUCCUCCCUUGCCCUCGUGCUCUUCUUUUUGCAGUGUUGCCUCCACCCAUACAUUUACGGUUACAUGCACCGUAGUGUGAGGAAGGAAUUCCUGGCUUUGCUCUGCGGAAUGUUCUGCAAACAGGGCCGUCCCAGCCAAAGCUCUGCUGUGGAGAGCUGCUUCACCACUACAGAGGGACGUUUCGGUGCCCACUCUCACCUGCCCAGCCUGACCGCUCGAGUCUUCCCUCUCCGGACUUGGGAAGAGUGCACGACAUCCUCCUCUCCCACCUGUGAGAGGAAGUCGAGGGACAGCCGCAAGGAGACCACCUCUACCAGCGUUAGCUCUGAGAGGGAGCUCACAGUCCACAGCAAACAAAGUACAUGAACUGCCUUGAGAGGAGAGGAGAGACCGUAUUUGCUCUUACUUGAAGAGCUUGUCAUACAGUGUUUUCACAUAUAAGCUAAUAUGCCUUCUUGACAACAGGGUUAUCCAUUCUGAAGUUAUUGGCAAACUAAAGCGAAACCAGAAAACACUUUUAAUUAGUAUUUUAGAUCUUUGAUCAUUAAUAUGUUAUAAUUGCCAUUGGGUAUGUUUUUAACCUGGACCUGCUCUGGCGAGAUAGAAAUUGUUAUGUUGGAUCAAAAUGGUUGGUGCUCUGAUCACAUUGCCCUAAUUAUGGGCCAUAGGUGUCUCUGAUGAGGUUUUGAUCUGCAGUAUCUGCACAAUCAAUCCAUAUCCUUUAAACUUUUUGUGUAUUGUAGUCUGUGUGAUCCUGCCUGAGGGAACAGGAUGGACUGUCCUUGUGUUUGUGCAAGCAAGCCUCACCUGCAACCAAUGAACUCAGGGUAUAUGCUUGUAGAACAAUCUGUUGUACCAAUCCCUGUUCUAGAAUCUUGUUGAGCAAGUAUGUGUUUUUACGUCCCUGUCGCAGUAACUGUUCUUAGUCUGAAAGCGCCUUUGAGUAAAGAGUAGAAUAGUGAUAUUUUGUGCUUGCCAGUUACGGAACACAUGUGAGGUGGUGACUCCCUCUCCCUGAUGGGAUGGCCACAUUGUCUUAGCCUCUUUGUUUCCUUGAACUCUAGCUCAAGGUGGAGAUUUUGUGUCUUACUGUGUGCCAUAUUAUUUAUUAUAUAUUUGGACUCAAUAUUUGCUGCCUUUGUAAUGUCAGCCUUUGUUUGAGGAAGCACAGUAUUUUUGUUGGGGAAAAAAACAAACUCCAGUGGACUGUGCACCAGUUAUUUAACGUAGGCCGCAUGCCGCAAGAUCUUAUGUAACAGAUUUCUUAGAGUCCACUGAAUACAUGUAUAUUUGUAAAGUAUUUGUAAUAGAAAAAAAUGUCUGUUUAAAGCCAUGGUGAGGAUGAGUACUUAUGUAAGUGUUUUAUGCUUGCAGUGACUCAUCUCAGAGAAGAGAGGCAAUCCAUUUAGUUGAUUGGGUAGAUGGCGUGUUGCCAAAGGAUGUUAUAGGUGCAUCACAACAUUAUGUGCAUUAUUUGAAAAGUGUGUGUAGCCUCCAUUUUGUUAUGUUUUUGUAACCUUUUGGGAAAGAGAAAAAAUAAUAAUUACCUGACUAAGCCAGGCUGCUCCCAGCGUGUUACUUGUUAGACUGUGAUAGUAUUCUGGGAAACAAUUCACAACUUACUGGACCUGACUGAACUGGGGGAGAUUUUAGCCUUGGUUUAUUCAAAAGGUCACUAGAGAAAUCCAUACUACAGUGUUAGAAAUGACAAUCAGACUUGUAUAAUAAGUUUGUCAGAGUGUUGCUUUGUAAAGGACAAAGGGGUACAGUGCAGUAUGUAAUGAAAUGUAUCAUCAAAUAAGAGAAAAUAAUGUUUUUAAGUGCUUUAAAACUACAUAUUUUUGUGAUUUCUAUCGUGCUUUUGUAUUAUUUGUUUCAUUAUCCAACGUCAGAAGUUGUCUGUUGUUUAAUAAAAGUGAAUUAAUUGUAA